AUUGGGGUCCAAUAUGAUUUUAUAAGGGUGGACUCAAAGGAAAGGAACAGUGCAGGAGGCUGGUAGCUCAUUCUGUGGCUUUUCUCUGAUAUCCACAGUGCAUGUGUGGUCUCUGCCAGCAAUAGCUGUUAGACUCAUGAACUUGAGCCCAAUUAACCACAAGGAGUCCUUCUUGGUAGGCAUAUUCCUUCUCCAAGGUCAAUACUCUCUUGGUAUUCUUGCAACUUUCCUUUAAGUUUACGUUUGUUUCAAGAAAAGUUAAAUGAAAAAAAAAUCACAAAUAGAUUAAAACAUAAAUAGCUUUUACAUUUGCUAUUUGUUAUUAUUCCUAUAUAUCAGUAAAAAACACUAACAGUGUUUGUUCAUAACGACAAUCAGAACUCCUUUAAACCACCAUCCUGAGUUCACAGCGUAUUUUACGAUCUGGCUGUGGCUAGGAGAGUGUGAGCAAUUCAACAGAAAGAGACUCAUUGUGGCUGGUGAGUAGGGUGUCUCUGGCCCUAACGCCGUGAAUGUCAAGCCAGCAAACUUUUCCUGUGGAGUGAAGUGUUCGCACGAGGCCAGCACAAAGCCACGUAGCACAACGUCCGCCUCCAGGCUUUCGGUUUCCUUUCCUCCAUUUUGUUUUCAAGUUUCCGGGAAAGUGAAGCCUGGCAGGCCGCAGCGGGAGGAAGGCCCCACCGUGGACCCGAUGCUCCUGUCACCACUUCUAGGAAGACUUCACAACCCAAGCACUCCAGGUACAACAAGCAAAAUCCUGGAGUGUCUUACCAAGACAAUCCAUGCAAGAAGGUGAAGAGCAACAUCUGGUGCUCACUUUGCAAGAAGUACCUCUGUGCGAAACAAGGCUUAUCCUGCUGGGUGGAUUGGCACACAAAGGUGGAAUAUUGGCGCUAGAUGAAAGAACACCUCCACUGGAAAGGAUUCUGAAAGAAAUGAAGAAGACCAUCAGAAAUGAAGUCAGUUGCCUCGUGGCCUUCUGUUGACUGGAUGAGAGCCUUGUUAAUACAGUUCUUUGCAACAACACUCUACAGCAUGACUGCUGAGGUCAUCCAUCAGGUUGAAGAGGCACUUGAUGAAGAUGAGAAGGAGAUGCUUCUGUUUUUGUGCCGGGACAUUGCUGCAGAUGUGACUCCACUUAAUGUCAGGGACCUUUUGGAUAUUUUAAGAGAGAGAGGAAUGCUGUCUGUCAUGCACUUGGCUGAGCUGCUCUACAGAGUGAGGCGGUUCGACUUGCUCAAACGGAUCUUGAAGAUAGACAGAAUGACAAUGGAGGCCCACCUGCUCAGGCACCCUCAUCUUAUUUCGGACUAUAGGGUUCUGAUGACUGAGAUUGGUGAAGAUUUGGAUAAAACUGAUAUGUCCUCAUUACUUUUUCUCAUGAGGGAUUAUAUGGGCCGAAGCAAGAUAGCCAAGGAUAAGAGCUUCUUGGAUCUUGUGAUGGAAUUGGAGAAACUAAACCUGGUUGCUCCAGAUCAACUGGAUUUAUUAGAAAAAUGCCUAAAGAACAUCCACAGAAUAGACCUGAAGACAAAAAUCCAGAAAUACAAGCAGUCUGCUCAAGGAGCGGGAACAAGUUAUAUCAGUGCUCUCCAGGCAUCUCUCCCAAACUUGAGUCUCAAGGAUCCUUCACAUAACUUAAGACUUCAGAAUGGGAGAAGUAAAGAACAAAGACUCAUGGUCAAACAACUUAACGUUCAAAGAGAACCAGUGAAGACGUCUAUUCAAGAAUCAGAAACAUUUUUGCCUCGGCACAUACCAGAAGAGAGAUACAGGAUGCAGAGCAAGCCCUUAGGAAUCUGCCUGAUCAUUGAUUGCAUUGGCAAUGACACAGAGGUUCUUCAGGACACCUUCACUUCCUUGGGUUAUGAUGUCCAGAUUUGCUUGUAUCCGAGUAUGAGCCAUUUAAUUCAGAUUCUUCGCCAAGUUGCCCAUAAGCCUCAACAUCAAGACUAUGACAGCUUUGUGUGUGUCCUGGUGAGCCGAGGGGGCUCCCAGAGUAUGUUUGGUGUGGAUCAGACUCACUCAGGGUUCCCCUUGGAUCAGAUCAGGAGGAUGUUCAUGGGAGAUGCAUGCCCUUCUCUCUUAGGAAAGCCAAAGCUCUUUUUUAUUCAGAACUACGUCGUGUCAGACAGCCUCCCAGAGGACAGCAGCAUCCUGGAGGUAGAUGGGCCAGCAGUGAACAAUGUGGAUUCUAAGGCAAGGCAGCCAGGGCCCUGCACAGUUCACCGAGAAGCUGAUUUCUUCUGGAGCCUGUGCAAAGCAGACGUGUCUCUGCUGGAGCGGCCCUCCAGCUCACCAUCCCUGUACCUGAAGUGCCUCUCCGAGAUACUGAGGAAAGAAAGAAGACGCCCACUUCUGGAACUCCACCUUGAACUCAAUGACAGUGUGUAUGACUGGAACACCAGAGUGUCUCUUAAGGAGAGGUACUACGUCGGGCUGCAGCACACUCUGAGAAAGAAACUCAUCCUCUCUUGCAAAUGAAAAACCAAAGGCCCUUUUUAGCCCUACAUUCUCUAUUACUAGCCAGAAAGUAGUUUUUAGGUUAGUGUGUAUAAAUGUGAUGUGGGUGAAGUGAGAUCUUGGCCUGUGCUGAUAUCACCCUCUGUGAGGGAUGCUUGACAGAAAGCAGUAUUUGACUAUAGCUUCUGAGGUGGAAUCAUAAAAUAUGGAAUUUUUUGGAUUCCAUAUGGAAUCAUAAAAUAUGAUUCAUAAAAUAUAUGGAAUC